UUAGAUAAAAACAUAAAAAUCAAAAAAUGCAUAUGACCAGUUUUUUUUUAAAAAAAAAUCAAAUUCAUUACAAAUCAGUUUAAAUGCAGUUAAAUGCCUAAUACGAUUGUCUACAGAUGCUUCAUUGUGUGGAAUUUUAGCACUCUCUAAGGUGGUUAGACGAUUUUUUGUAUAAAAUAUUUUUGACAAACUGGAUUGUUUUAAUUAAAACAUUUGCAUAAAUAAAGUCAAUGGCAACCGUUCGUGUAGUGUAGCUAGUGUAGUGUAGUAGAAAUGUAUUUUUAUACUAAACUACGCAUUCUUAUAACUUAAGGAGGAGGAUUAUAAAGGUUUAUGUGAAAUAUGAGCAGCUUGGAAGUAUUGUAGACAUGGAAAGAAUGUCAACACCCAUUCGUUCACCAACAGUCGCGGACGAGAAACCUUUGAGCCGUUGCUCAUCUGCUGAAGUUGCCAAACAGAAACUAAAAAAUACAACUUCAGCAAGUCAAAUACGCCACCAGAGGUCCGGUAUCCUGAAUAGAAAUGAAACUAUGGCUGAAGAUGAUGAAGGCUGGGAUACUGACCUUGAAUGUGAAGAAAUGAAAGAGGAUUAUGACCUCACUGGGAGAACUACCUACAUUCAAGCAUGCAAAAUCAACGGUGUCAUUCCUGUUUCGUUCUUUCUGAGAAAUCUACAAAAUCCUGAAGUUGACAUGAAGCAUCAUGGGAUUGGAGCAGCCGGCAGUAAACCAAUAGCAAUAACUCUAGUGACCAACACGUGUGUUUUGUCUCUAAACCUUGCCGACAACUCCUUAGGACCUGAGGGAGUUGGAUUCAUUGCUGACAUGUUGAAAGAAAACUGUUAUAUAUCAAGCCUGGAUUUGUCUCAAAACCAACUCGGCUGCGAAGGCGCGAAGUUUGUGGUUGAAAUUUUGGCCAAGAAUUCUGUGGUCACAACAUUGACACUCAGAGCUAACGAUUUUGAUGACAAAUGUGCGUGUAUUUUGGCUGAAGCUAUCAAGGAAACCACGGCGCUCAGGCACUUCGAUUUGAGCAAGAAUCUGUUUGGUGAAGCUGGAGGACAAUUUCUCGGAGCUGCAAUCGCUGCCAACGUUGGAUUAAGUCAUCUGAAUUUAUCUUGGAAUCAUCUACGACGAAAAGGAGCUCACUCCAUUGCAAACGCUCUAAAGGAGAAUACCUACUUGAAAGUCUUGAACUUAUCUUGGAAUGGCUUUGGAGAUGACGGCUGUUACGCCAUGAGCGAGGCUUUGAAAGUUAACACAACUUUGGAAGAGCUUGAUCUCACAAAUAACCGCAUAUCUUGCGCUGGGGCUGGUUGUCUUGCAAAAGUCUUCGGCGUAAACAACACGCUGAAAGUCCUCAAGCUGGGUAAAAAUCCUUUGCAAAGCGCUGGGGCGACAGCUCUAUUGCUCGCGCUCAAAAACAACCCAUCCUGUGGCAUAACAGAACUUGAAUUAAUGGAUAUAACGGUGAACCAAGAAUUUUUAACAAUUUUGAAAGAAAUCGAAGAGAGUCGACCCGACAUCAAGAUAUCGCACGGUGGCUCUGGUGGCGCUAACGAGAAACCGAAAGAGCGUCCAACUCCGAUGAAGAUCUUGAAAAACUACAUCGAGAACAAUCAAAUGAGACUUUAUGACUUCUUCUCCAUGAUGGACAAGGAUAAGAGUAUGAGUCUUAGCAUACAGGAGUUUGUAAAUGGCUUGCAGGAAACCGGAAUAAGCAUGAAUGAUUCUGAACUGCUUACGUUAGUUGAGUCUUUGGACAAAGAUAAAGAUGGUGAAAUAAAUUACAGUGAGCUUGUCCUGGGUUCCAUUGAACAGAAAAAAGAAGAUCGUAAACAGCAGUUAAAGGACAAGGCAGAAGAGGAACGACGCAUGAAAAUAUUGACUUCAUAGCAAGAGAAAUUGCAUUGUCAGAGCUAGCUAUAAAGGGAGACUUUUGAGGUAAGAUCUUACAGUAGAUUGUGUUUAGCAGUUAGCAGUCUGUUAGCUUUCGUUCCUCUGUCCCAAAGCUAUCUUUAGUUUCAUUCUCUCAUUUUAUAUGUUCGGGUAUAUCUUGAUACUUAAUACUUAGAUUGAGAGACUAAUAUAUUUUAUAUUUUAUAAUGUUUAUAUAUAGUACAAAACAAACUAUGUUUAAAUAAUAUACGUGUAUACAUAAGGAUAUUUUUCAAACAUGCAUGUUAACUC